AUAAAUUACAACAAUAUGUAUUGAAUUAUCUUAAUUUAUAUACAAAAUUUAUUAAUUUAUCUUGUGAUAUUGAAUCAUUAUUAGAAUAUCAAACGAUUACAAUAACUAAUUUGAAAGAAGAAAUCCAACAUAAAUCUACAAAAAUUGAACAGUUGCAAAAACAAGUAAUUGAAUCCAGUUUACAACAAGAAUAUGAUAGGCUAAAAGAAGAAUAUAUGUUAAAGUCUUGUGAAUGUGAUGAAGUCAAAGAUAAAAUAUUACAUUUGGAAUCGAUAUUAUCAAGAAAUAAAGAAUAUGAAAAAGUUCUUAGUAAUAAUUCAUUUAAUAUCAGGGUUAAUGAUUUUGAAGAUAAUGCUUUGCUGAAUUUAAAUGAAGACACUGUUUUAAUGAAAUCAGAAUUGGCCAAAAAAACUAAUUAUGAAGAAAUGUUACUAGAAGAAAAAGCAAAUCUUGAAUGUAACUUGAAUGUACUUCAAGAAAAAUUUAUUAAUAUUACUAAAAAAAUGGAACUUAGUGAAAAGAAAUGUGAAGAUUUGACUUUAGUUAUUAAUGUUUUAUCAAUUGAAAUAAAAGAUGCAGACUUAGGUAAACAAAAUCUAAAGUAUUGUUUGAAUGAAGCUGAACAUGAAUUACUUAAGUCUGGAGACCUCUGUGAUAACCUUAAAUUAGAAUUAUAUAGUGUGCAUAGAGAAUUAGAAAAUGCUUGCAUUAAAACUAAAUGUAUAGAAAAGGAAUUACAAAAUCUUGAAUUUAAAUUAAAUGAUAAAAUUAAUGAAAAAUACUUGAAUGGUUGUGAUGUUAGAAAUCAAUUAAUUGAUCCACUUGUUGAUUAUGUGCACGAUAUUAAAUUGAAAUUAACUGAACUCAAUUCUGCAAUGAUAUCAGGAAAUCACUGUGAAAAACAAUUUAGAACAAAAGUUGUGUCAGUUGAUGAUAUUUUAUCACACGACGAGACAUGGAAAAUAAGCUGCAACUCCCUACCUGAAGCUCCUAAUGGUGAUAUUGGUUUAGAAAUGAACAAUUUACAUAAGAUUUUAAAAGAAAAAAAUAUUUUGAUAAAUACUCUACAAACAGUUAAUAAAGAAAUGGACGAAAAAAAUUAUGAACUUCAUUGUCAAAUUAAAAAACAAUCUGAUGAAAACGAUAAAUAUGUAAAUGAUAUUCAAUUUUUGAAAAAUGAUCUGAAAGAAAAAAUAUUGUUGGCAAGUGAUCUAAAUAAUGAAUUGAACCAACUCAAAAUAGAACAUUCCAAACUUGAAGAACAUAAUCAGGAAUUUAAAAAAGAAAUUGAUAAUAGCUAUGACAUUGAUUCAGAGUUAAGAAAUGGUAAAAGGGAUAUUAUAAAUGAAAUUAAUCUUCUUGAACCUGGAAAAAUUACAGGAGUUCUUACUGAUCAUAAUUUAUCUAAUUUAUUAGAUAUAUUUGUUGGCCUUAUAAUGAUUAAAGAACAUCAAAUAGUAACUGACUUAGUUAACGAUCACAAUAAAAUUAAACAACUCUAUGAAGAUAAAAUCAAACAGAUGGAAGAAGACAUAAAAAAAGGAAAAGAAUGGCAAGAACAAGUUGAAAGUGAUAAUGAAAAACUCAACCUUGAACUUGAAAAUCUUAAAUUUCAAAAAAACAACUUCUCUGGUAGAGAAUUAAAGAUAAAAGAACUGACCGAAAAAGUUUUAGAAGCAGAAAAUUUAUCCUUUAAUUAUUUAAGUGAGUUAGAAGAAAUAAAGACUCAAUUGAAUAAAACAAGUGAACAAAACUAUCAAUCAUUGUUAAAUGAAUUUGAAGAGUUUAAGACUAGUUCAGAACAGUCUAUACAAGAUUUGAAAAAUAAGCUUGAUAAUCGAACUAAACAAUUUAACAAAUCAUUAAUAUUGUCUGAAGUUCAAAAAAGCAGUUGUUCAAGUCUAGAAGAUCAAAUAGAAAAGAUUCAAUCAGAAUGUGCUUGUCUAAAAUCUGUUAUUGAAAAAAAAGAUGAAGAUAUUAAACACUUGCUUGUAGGAUUUAAAUUGAAGACAAAUGAGUAUGAAAUAAUGAUUAAAAAUUAUAGUUUAGAGAAGGAAGAAACAAAAAAUCUUUAUGAAAAGAAAAUUAAUGAUUUACAGUUUGAUUUGAGUGAUAUGAAACAUAAGAUGUAUUGUACAGAAAAGUUGCUAAAAGAAAUGAAUAAAAAUAACGAAAAAGAUCAAAUUAAAUUUAAAAUUAAUGAUGGUGGUUUAAUUGAAGUAAAUAGUGUAAUUGAAAAAUUAAGUACAAUUCUGAAGUGCAAUGGUACAUUGCAAAUAAUCUACGAAAAUAUUUGUUCAUUAAUGACCAAAUGUGAAUAUUUAGAAGAGGAAAUUAAAGAAUUGAAACAUGCUAAUGUCAACUUAGACAAUGAAUGUGAUUCUAUGUUAGAGGAGGUAAAUAAUAAAGAUAAUAAGAUAACCGAGCUUUUGACUCAAGUAGAUGUGUUGAAGAAAAACAUUGAAUUGUUAACAGAAGAAAGAGAUUUUUUGAAAAACAAAUGUAAACAAUUUAAAAAUGUCAAUAAUGAUGUUCAAAAAUUAAAUGAUGAAAUAUGUAGUUAUGAGCAAAACAUUUAUGAACUAAGAAAAGACAAAGGUCAGCUAAUUGUACAACACGAUAAGGAGCUAAAGCAACUCAAAAAUGAACUACAAGAAGUUCAAACUAAAAACUUAGAACUGUUUAAUGAGUACAGUACAUUAUCAGAAACUGCUAAAAAUUUGGAAAAGACAUUGAAAGAAGACAUUCAACAAUUAAAUAGAUGUGUUGUGGAUAAGAAUGCGAAAAUAGCCACAUUGGAGCUGUUUUCCAAAAGAUACUCUGAUGAUCUCAAAAAGAAGAACAACGAAUUAGAAAUUGUUUUUAAAAGAGCAAAAGAUGAAAAUCAUAUGUUGCGCAGAGAAUUACGUCGGUUGAAAGAAAUUAAAAAAGUAUGUAUAGCUGAUCAAUACACUCAAACCGUUGAAGAUCAAAGCUUAGUGGCUGAUCAAAAAUGUAUGAUUAACAAAAUCGCAAAACUUGAGAAUGAUAGUAAAAUGAUGAAAGUGAUGUUACAUCAUCGUAAAUCUAAAAUCAAAGAACUUGAGAAGCAACUCAAUGAAAAACAUUGUAGAGAUUAAUUAUUAAUCACUAACCUCAAUAGUUAAAUAUUUAUUUGUAAUUAAUUUUACUAGGUAUGAAAAGCAUUCUAUAUGUAUUAGGUAUACAAAUUGAAUUUUGACCUAUUGAAUUAUAUUUUGAUUAUUAAUUUAUAUUUUG